AUGAGCUCGACGUGUGAGAACCACGCUUCGUAUUCCAUGGUUUGUUGUUGGAUGACCUCCCUCCAAGAGUCAUCGAAGCUGACUGGUGAAGAAGUGAUCUCUGGCACUUACUCCUCCAUUCGAAGUGCGGAGGAAGUACGUUCCGAACCAUCCAGCGAGGAGGAUGACACUGAAGAAGAGCUCAACCGUCAAAGGGCAGCUGCCUUUAUGGUUGGCCACUUCCACGUGCCGAAGUCGAGGCACCAUGCGCUGGAGAAGGAAUCGCUGUAUGGUGCGGUGAUCUUGAUCCCUCAGAUUGGACGCUCCUGCGGUUGGCCAUGCGCCCUGAUGUUCGUGACCGUCCGAGUCUACCUGUUGUUCUGUGUGAACUUCUUUCUUCAGUCGAUCCUGCUGGGGGAGAUCGAUCGAGAGCAGAAUGUCUUAGAUUUGUUUGCAGGGCAAAUGUGGCUCUGCGACUUCGGAGCGCCUUUGGAGGAUUGUCCAUCGAGUCCUUCCUGCACCGGUCCUGGGGGGACGCAGGUGGAUGGUCCGAGGCUCUACGAUUUUCGGUCCUGGAGCACCAGGAACUUUGUCAAGGAUUCCUUGAAGAAGAUUUUUCCUGACAGAGAAAGUGAGAUUGACGAGGAGAUCGACCCAGGCGAAUAUGGCGCUGAGAGCCGCAUGUGUCGCUGGAUCGCUUGCUUCAUUUUCAUGCUCAGUAUACAAGAAGAGCUGAUCUUGAUUUGGCGGAUGGCAUGUUUGCUUUAUGAGGUUCCAACAGAAUCGGCGACAUGGAUCCACUUUCGAGAUCCGCGAGAUGAUUUGGUUGGGGACAACUGGCUGGAGUAUGUCGAUGUCUCUGUGGCGGGCAUGCCAUUGAGGUGGAAGAUCAUCAACGGCCUCUUCAUUCUUGGAGGAAAGUUCAUGUUGUGGAAGCUGACCGCAGAGGUUGGCAUCACCUUCCUCAUGGAGACGCAGACCAUCUCCGACUGUAUAGUGAACUCAGUGGCCUUGGCCUUUGUUCUUCACAUGGACGAGCUCAUCUUGAGUACCUUGACCUCUGGGAAAAUCACCAGUUGCUUGGAGAAGUGCAAGGAGUAUAUCGCGGCGACCACGGACACGACGGCGACCGAAGCCUGGCAAUCGCGGAUCGAGAAACCCAUUGACAACUCUUGCCGGGCGAAUCUGACGUUGGGAGUGCCCUGGGAGCUCUUGUUCUCGAUCCUGCUUUGUGCCUGGUUCAUCAACCGGUACUACUCCCGGCACUGCGACUGGACGUGGGAUGGCUGGUGGUACUACUCGAAGCCGAUCUCAGUACCUACUUCCACCUCAUUCACGCCGUGGCAAGCCUUCUUUCCCUCACUAUUUCCAGUGGCCAGUCAGAGCACGACUUACUGGACGAUGCCGCCCAUUUGGCAUGCGGACUGA